AAAAAAAGUCUAGACAAAGGGACUUGCAUAAGCACAUAAGCAAACAUACAUUUUUUAGUGGAAAAAGUGUUGAUCUGGGAGUCAACUGACCUGAAUUUGAAUCUCAGUCCUGCCAUUCACUGCCUUAAAGAAAACCUUCCCCACUCAGGCCCUCCAUUUUCUCAUAGGUAAAAAUGAUAUUUGGUUAGCUAACUUUUAAAGGUCCUCCAUGGGCUUUCAUCCUGACAUUGCAUUUCAAAUAUCAAGUAGGCAAGUUUGCAUCAGGAUAGAAUACAUGAAAGAGAAUAAUACAAGAGUAUUGGGUCUAUGUUGUGGAAAAGAUUGAAAGCCAGGCCUGGGAGCCUGAGCAGAAGCCAAGCCCCAGACCUGAGGUUGUAUGUUUUGCCUGGUUCCAAUUUAAGGACAUGAACUUUGCAAUCAUGUCUGCCUAGGAUGGGAACCUAGCUCUACUACACAUCAGUAGUUCAUUUACACAGUCAUGCCACUUCUCUGAGCCUCAGUUUCUUCAUCUUUAAAAUGGGAAUGAAAAUAAAUAACUCAUGGGGUGUUGUAAAGAUGAAAGGCGAUCAUGUAUAAAAAGUGCCUAUAAAUAUGUGACUUUCCUGCUCUUUAGUUUCUUCUCCCCAGUGCCAGGUUUUAAUUAGCCUUCAUUGACCAAUUACUUCCUGUUCCUUCUCCUUCUCCAAAGCAGGCUUCAUACCAUAUCCAGAAUUCAGCCACUUCUCUCCAUCCCCAAUGCUAUUCACCUGGAUUAUUGCAAUAGCCUUUUAACUAAUCAUCCUGAUUCUGUUUUGCUCAUUUACAAUCAAUUCUUAAUCUAACAGCCAGAGUGAUGCUUUCAAAACUUAAAUCAUGUCACUCUCAAAACCCUGCAAUGUCUCCCUACCUGACUUAGAGUAUAAACUUAGAAAUUUAAAAUGACCUACCCUCAUUAGCUUUUGAACCUAAUCUGCUCAUUAGCCACAAUUUCCUUCUUGCUAUUUCUCCAAUAGAAGACAGACAUUGUCUCCUCACUUGUUACCUCUGUCUGGAUCCUUUCCUCAUAGCUCACUCCAUCACUUCUUUUAUGUUUUAUUUAAAUGUCAUUUUUAAGUAAGGUUCUCCCAGACCACUGCAUAUUAAACUGCAACACCCUCCAGCAUUCCCUAUUGUCCUUCCUGCUUUAUUUUUCUUCACAAUAUUGAUUAUUACCAUCUAACAUACCAUAAAAUUUAAUUACUUAUUAGUAUCUCCCCCCUUGAGAAUAUAAGCUUAAUAAGGUAAAGAGCUUUGUCUGUUCACUAUUGAUGUCUCCAUGCGUAGAAUAGCACCUAGCCCUCAAUAAAUAUUUGUUGAGUAAAUUAAUGAGUACAGUGGUGCCAUGCUGUGUAUUAAGUUAGGCAGUUUGCAUACAUUAUCUCAGGAUAUCCUGCCUUGUAAAUGCAGACAGUUAGGAUUCCUAUCACACAGGGGAAAACCCUGAAACUCUAGAGAUGAAGUGAUAUUCCCAAAGCUAAAGAGGGAUUAGUUAAUGGAAAUGCCAGGUUGGGUUGGACAGUAUAAAGGAGCAAGGUCCUCCAGUAGAAGCACAACCUGAACUAAAGGUUAUGGUAUGUUUGGGGAAGGGGAGGGGUGAGGGAGUAUGUGGGUAAGAAGGAGUCCUGGGAUUCAGAUUGGUUUUGUUGUCAGGAGGUAAUCUGGUUUUUUUGAAGCAAAAUCUUGAGUUUGUGGCUAUCUACUGGCAAGUCCAUGUCUUUUUCAACAAAUGGAGCUUUAUGAAGGAAAUCUUCUCAAGCGUGAAAGAAAGUUAGAGUUGCAGCUGCCCUGAGUUUGAGACUGCAGGAAUUUGGCUCCUUGGGGUAUUGACUUUGAGGCAGAAGCCAGCCUUAGCAGAAAGACACCCAAGAAAGACUAGUGAACUGUCAAGAAAAUAAGGAAGCCCACUACCCACAUGAGUAUUUUCCUUCUUUCCUUCCUUUUUUUCAUAACCUCCUCUCUUCAUCUUUCUUUAAUUUGUGCAUACUUGUAAAACAUCAAAUUAAUCCGGCCUUCCAUCUACUGGAAUGUAACCUUAAGAAGGCAUAGCACCGGUGUUUCUCUCGUUCACUGCUCUGUCCUCAUGUCUACAACAGCCUGGCAGACUGUAGGCACAUAAUAUAUAAUUGUGAAAUGAAUUUCUGUCCUUAAAAACAAAGCUCUCCUCCUGGUGGAAGGGGCAAUGAAGAGAAGGGAAAACCCCUUUCAGUGGUAUCAUGGGCCAGUGCCAUGUGGAGUACUGGUGACAGGGAAUGUGGGCAGAGAGGAUACCACGGAUGCAGGCUGGGUAUGGGACAAUCAACAUAAAGGGAAGAGACCCUGGAGUAAGGACUGAAUCCCAAAGAGUAGAAUUUGGCCCUGAUUCUGCACGCCUCCAUCUCAAUUUAGAGGGAGCUUUAGAGAAGCUCCUGCCUCCAAAAGUGCAAAAUUAGUGCCACGGAACCAGACGGACUCAAGCGAGAAAGAGACAGAAAGGCCCCAGAGCUCUGGGAGAGGGAGUGUAGAGUGAACAAUCCCUGUGAAAGUGAAAUGGCCGUUCAUUUGAAUGCAAAUGCUAUGUAAAAGCCUAAAGCCCCUUGACGUCAGCCCAGCCUUUGGGGGCCCAUCUAUACCGGGCUACCAGUCACCUGGAAACUGUCAGGGUAGGAAAUGCCGAUGGAGUAGUCUGAGGGGCGCAGAGGAGCGUGCAGCACAGCUACGGACUAACCUACUGAUUACCUACUGCUUCUCAAAGUUGGGUUAGGGCCUUACAGGGACUUCAGGAUGGCUUAGGGUGUUCCUUUCUCAUACCCAAGCCACUAUGUACAGAAGCUGCCUUUUGGAAAAAGAAGCGGCCAUGUACUCGGGCACUCUCAGGAGCCCGGCGGGAGGUGGCACCGCUGAGGCUGGCGGCACUGGGAGCUGUGGGAGUCCGCUGCAAGCCUCCAACUUCGCAACGGCCCCAGCUUAUGCGCACUACAUGGGGUAUCCCCAUAUGCCUGCUACGGAUCUUCAUGGGCCAUCUCUGGGGGCCUGGGGCUCACCCUAUAGUCCCCCUCGGGAAGACUGGAACGUCUACCCCGGGCCGUCCAGUACAAUGGGCACGGUGCCCAUGAACGACAUGACCUCGAGCCCCGCCGCUUUCGGCUCGCCGGAAUACAGCAACCCGGCCCCCGCAGGGGGUGGAAACAGCUGCAGCGGCCUGACGGGACCAGCCGGCGGAUCACUGUUCCCAGUCGACGCCUGCACCGCCGACGCCAGUUCUCCCAGCAGAAGCCGCCACAGCCCCUAUGCGUGGAUGCGCAAGACCGUGCAGGUGACUGGGAAAACCAGGACAAAAGAAAAGUAUCGUGUGGUUUACACAGAUCAUCAAAGGUUGGAGCUGGAGAAGGAAUUCCACUGCAAUAGAUACAUCACCAUUCGGAGAAAAUCAGAGCUGGCAGUCAACUUAGGCCUUUCUGAGAGACAGGUGAAAAUCUGGUUUCAGAAUCGCAGAGCCAAGGAGAGGAAGAUGAUCAAAAAGAAAAUAUCUCAGUUUGAGAACAGUGGAGGCUCAGUGCAAAGUGACUCUGGCUCCAUCAGCCCUGGGGAACUACCUAACACUUUUUUCACCACACCAUCUGCUGUCCGUGGAUUUCAGCCUAUUGAGAUACAGCAGGUCAUAGUUUCUGAAUGAAAGAAAGGCAAAGAGAAAUGGAAGUUGCCCUUUCUUUAGCGCUGUCUUUUUAGUCUCUAAGAUAUCAGCAGAGGAGUUAGAACAUUAUGUAAUUCCUUAUAAAGCAGUAUUCAGAACUGCCAUGGGUUGAAGAUAAUUCAGGGGUCACUUACUGUUAGAAACUAUCCCCAGAAAACUACUGUGUGCUAUGUCAUGUCAGUUACUCAGAGAGCUUGGUGGUAAGCUGUAUAAUUAAAAGCUACUAUCACAAGCCCUUGCAGUUCUAUUCACAAUUUCAGAAAUUUGCUUGUGAACAGACUGUAAAAACAGUUCUGUCAGGAUACACAUUUGUGUAUGUGUACUUGUGUUUGUCAUUUGAUGCUGGAAGUGUCUUUUGAUGCUAUUUUUAGGGGGCGAGGAAAAGGUAAGCAGAAAUUUAUCUAUCUCUAGCUACCUUUUCAAGUGUCUAAUUUCAAAAGCUAACAGUAUUUUUAUAAUAGGACAAAUGUUUUAAAAAUCAUCAGAAGGUGAUUCUGAAUCCAUUGUCAGUUGUUAAUAAAAAUGAUAAAUUAAAAGAAACACUUUCGUCCCUUGAUCAUAUUUGUCUGUCAUCAAUUAUCUUAUAUCCAAACUUCCAAUCUGUAGCUUCAAUUUCAAAUCUUCCCAAAACAGUGAAAUCAGACUAGAACAAUGCAGACCAGCUUGGCUGAGUCAUUAGAAAGAUCAGAUCUCCAACACAUAUAAUAACCCUUCCCUUUUCUGUCUCUCCACUCCAUUUACUGUCAUAGUGUGAAAGGGAAGUCAGAUUUAACAUGAGCACAAGGACACUGUAUGUUCUUAGCCUCUCUCAUUGCCAUCACCUUCAGCUGUUCAAUGUCAAUGCAGUGUGGCCCAAGAAGCUGCAGUUUACAGGUUACAAAUACACAACUUGGGCUGCAGUAAGCAGAGUUUUCUGGAGAUUGUGGUGUUGGUCCAGUUUACAGUUUGAAUGCCAAAGUGGCCAGGGUUCCUGGGUGGUACAGUGGGUUAAGGAUCUUGCAUUUUCACUGCUACUGUACAGGUUCCACCUCUGGCCCAAGAACUUUCACAUGCCUCAGGUGCAGCCAGAUAAAAA